CCGAGGGAUCACCAUCGGGGAUCAAGUUCUCAGGAUCGGGAAGUAUGAUCGCAACUACAAGAGCUGGGACAAAAUCUGGCCGCCAUGAAGGAAUUCGUUGAUCUCGAGCGCGUCAAGAAGGAAGAGAAAGUUCGUAAGCAAGAAGAGAAGAAAGAGGCGAAGAGGAGGGCAAAAGUGGAGAGACUGAAAGUAGAAGCCGCGAAAGAAGCGAAGCUUAAGAAAGCUGAGAAGAAAACGAUGAAGGCACGUGCAGACGAGGAGAAGUAUGCACGAAUGUGCAAGGACAUGCGUCUAGAGAUGAAGAAUGAGAUGUGCGAAUUCAACGAUGAGUUGAGGGCUGGAUUCCUGAAGAUUGUCGCAGAGGAACGCAAGUUCAUGAAGGGGAAGGGCACUGAUGAGGAGCAGAAUUACCUGUCAAUUGAGGAGGUUUUGGCAGUAAAGGAUGAUUUAGAUGGCUUGGUCCUCACGCCGUUGGAUCGGAAUCCAGAUGAGAAUCAGCGAUCAUUGUCAAAAAACGAGAACUUCAAGAGUCUUUGGUCAACGGAGAUACUGGAAUUCCAGACCGGUCAAUCCUUCAAGUCAUGGGGAUGUAAACGGCAAAAGAGCGCCAUCGUGAGUAGUUACUUGCAUAGGAUUGACCAGAACACAACAGUUCGGUUGGAGAUACAACUGCGGGUAUUGACAGUGAAGAAAGAGAUGAGAUUGAAAGGUUUUUCUGGGAGUUUCGUCGACCGUAUUCUGAAGCGUUUUGCUUGGAGACGCGGCGACGUUUGGGAACGUACGUACGAGUUUGUGAAGGGUAUCGGUAACUAAGGGUGCAGGCAGCGGGCCGGAUCGAUAUGGUAUACAAGUAGGAGUGUGUACUUGUAUUUCAUGUGUGACUUUGUGAUAAAUCUAUCAACCAUAG